UGUAGUCGCACUUUGCUAUUCCGUGUUCUCAGUUGAAAUCCCAAUUUAUUUUAAGAAAUAUGAUAAACUGUUUGAUUUUAGUGAGUUUACUUAUCCUUAAUUCGUCGAUAUCCUGCUUUGGUUUACGAAUUAUCGGUGGAGAAAAAGCAAACAUAGCGAGUUUCCCAUCAACAGUUUCAUUGCAGCAAAAUGGCGAACACUCUUGUGGAGGAACCAUCAUCAACAACGUGACCAUCCUAACAGCGGCUCAUUGCGUGAAACCCUUUACUGCCAAAGUUUUGGCUAUUCGAGCAGGAUCUGAUUUCCAUGAUCAAGGGGGUGUGGUACGAAAAGUGAGCCGAGUAAAGAUGCAUCCGAAAUACAGUGAUAUGACACUAAACCAUGAUGUGGCGCUGGUGUUCCUAAGCUCCCCUCUUGAAUUCUCAUCAACCAUUAAGUCCGUCCCCAUUGCAGUGAAAGGCGACCUCUUACCAGCGAAUGCAAAUGCAACAGUAAGUGGAUGGGGAACGACCGUCCAGGAUGGUGAAAUUUCGAAACACCUUCGAAGUGCAGUUGUUAAGGUGAUCAGCAUAAAGAAAUGCAGGAAACUCUUUGGAACCCAAAUUAAAUCAACUAUGUUUUGCGCUGGACUCCUUUCGGGAUCGAAGGACGCUUGUCAAGGAGAUUCGGGUGGCGGCCUCAUUGUUAAUGGUAAAGUAGCCGGGGUGGUUUCAUGGGGUCUUGGUUGUGGGAUGCCGAAUCUACCUGGAAUUUACACCAGGGUGGCAACAGUGAGCAAUUGGAUAAUGGCCAAUUUGAAAAACUAAGCGCUAAGAAGGGCAUAUAAGGCAGGUUUAGGUUGUUAUGUUCCGUGUGUUAUGUAAGUUUACUU